AUGGCAGACCACAGGGAGGAAGACUCUCCUCCCCGAGAGAUAUCCUUUCUCCAACAACAACAACUGCUUUUUCGACGGGCCAUCACCCACUUUACGAACCCUGAUUUGUAUCUUUACACGGGUCAAACGCGAGACCAAAUACCGGACGAUGUCUUGAACGUCCGAGUGGAUCCCUCGGUGAGAGUCAUUGAAUGGGACACCUUUGCUGGCUGUGGACAAAUGAGGUCGAUUGAAUUGCCCCAUGGUCUGGUCCGCAUCAUGGGUCGUGCCUUUCUUGACUGUUAUGCGCUGAAAGAUCCACAAAUACCGCCCACCGUGAAGGAAAUUGGAGACAUGGCCUUUUCGAGCUGUCUGGCGAUGAAUUCUCUGGAUUUACCGGAAGGAUUGGAACGAAUAGGGAGAGCUGCCUUUCCCUCUUGUUCCUUUCGAAAUGUGAAAAUACCCAGGAGUAUGACAGAAGUGGGCGAUAAGGUCUUCAGUUGUUGUACGGAUAUGAUUUCGAUUGAGAUUCCCCAUGGAGUUACGGCCAUUCAUUCGGAAGCCUUCUUCCAGUGCUUGGAGUUACGGAAUGUGGCCAUUCCUGAUACUGUGAAUGUGAUUGGUGAGAAUGCCUUUGAAUGUUGUUUCAAACUCCAGGAUAAGUUCCCAGAAGAGGAUAGUUUGGUGGAAGCCCUCAAGACGAGGUUUGAUGACUUGCCCUUGCACAAGAUUUGUUACUACCAGGCCCACCAAUCGACGGAAGAAACCUUGCAAGAACUUUCGGAAGCCAUGAUGGAUAUGGAUGCUUUGGAAACUGUGGGCGGUGGUGUGCCUUGUCGUGUGCAACAAGAUGCCUUUGGCCUCACGCCACUCCACAUCUUGGCCAUGUCCAAGAAGCAGCAAGGUAAUAUGGAACUCUACCAAUUCUUGGUGGAAACCUAUCCAGAAGAUUUGACUGUGUAUGAUACUUGGGGAUACUUGCCAAUUUAUUAUGCUUGUUUGAGUGACGCGCCCUUGGAAAUUGCGCAAUACCUUUUGGACACCCACAAGCGACUAUCGCCGGAGAAUGCGGUGGAAGAAAUACCCUGGCAUGCAAUUGUCGAUAGUUUUUCCAUCAUGUUUGUGUCGGCGGCGGUGCUGAAAUGCGUCAUUCAUUGGACCAUUGUCGACCGACUCGAACUUUUGGAAUACGCGCCAUGGAGGGAGGCAAUCAUACAGUCCAUUGAUUUGAUCCCAGAUGGUGGACGCAAAACGUGGAAGGAAAAAGACAAGCAAGUGAAUGCUGUUUACGAUUUGGUGAAUUUGUGCGAACUAAAGGAACUGACAUCGAUCUUGGAAUUGGUUGCCUGGAAAAGCAAGGUCGACCAAACCACAAACACAACAAGUCAAGGUGACGUUGAUGGCAAGAACCAGCACCAGCACCAGCAGCAUGUGGAGCUUCCCGUUGUUCUAGAAGUAGCUGCUACUGCUACUGCUGAUUCUGAUUCUAAUUCUGCUGCGGAACAACAAGAACAAGAGGACGAAAAAAAUAAUGAUGCCAAAGAAGUUAUGGUGGAUCCCAGCAAAAGAUUGUCGAGUUCCACUCAUACUACUCACACAACGACACGUUCGUCCAUGGAAACUACUGCUAGUAGCACUGCCGAUCGUUAUAGCAUCUUGACAACGGAACGAGAAAGUAUCGUUGAUAGGAGCAGCAUUAUUUCCAAGACUGUGGUGGAAGAGGAGGAGAAAAGUAGUACUGAUGGUGCUGUUGGUGCUGUUGGUGGUGGUCAUGCUCAAGAUGAUGAUGAUGAUGAUGAUGAUGAUGAUGAAGAAGUGGUGGAGACCGAUGACCCGGAAGCUUUGGCAAUGCGAAACAAUUGCCGAAUCAACAGUGGUGCCGAAUUGAUCAUUUCGAAUGUCAUGCCAUUUUGUCGGUGCCCGGUCCAAUUGCAAGCAUGGGAUUCGUCGUCGCAAGGAGCGGAAUGA